UGUCGCAGAAGUAGACGGAGGUAGUUUUCCCUCCGCGGUGCGGGUUAAAAGCUCCCUACUUUGUAUUUAACAGUUCGCUUCCCAAGGAGACAGAGAAAUUGAUACAUAUAUAUUUAAAUAGUUGAACUUCUUAAGUCGAAGACGGGGAAGAUAGUGAGUUAAGUGCGAGCAGUUUAGCAACUUAGCUGGUCUUUCUGCAGCGGUGGUCGGUGCAGCCAGCGAUGCCUCAGGAGGGGGAUCCGUCUCUCCCUCUGGUCCGCUCCCUCAACAGUCGGGUUCCCAUCAAUGCUGUUUUCUGUAACCGAAGUCCACGCGUUGCACGACCUCUGUGGAUAGAUUAUCGUGGGGUUCCUCGACCCUAUGAUGAUUUACAGCCAGGAACCGGACGGAGAAUAACCACCUUCGUAGGUCACCCAUGGAUGUUCAGAGAUGCAGAGACUGAUGAGCCUCUGAGGGUGAACUGCAAAGAGCUGUUUCUUCCCAAACCAGUAGAGGGUGGAUCAGUAUUUGUUAAUAUCACUCUCCCUGUUGACACUCUCAAGGAUUGUGCCCUCCGUGUUAUACGUCGCCAUGUACGACCGGAAGACUACAGGAAGUUGGAAAUAGCACGUUGUCUCCACGAGGAGCUUGAGGAUCAACCCAGCUCAUUGAAAGAUCUCCACCGCAUGAACCACCGAGUAGAGCAGCAUCUGCUGGAGAGGAUCCAGAGCCAGGAGGAAUGAGACUGGAUGAUUAUUUAUACACACAUGGACUGCAAUGCUGUAUUGCACACUCAGAGACAGUAAAGACAUUGAAAAGAUGUGUAAAUAAGAUGUUUGAGUUGGUUCUUGGAGAAGUCAGGACUGUUCCUUCGAAGCAAAGAAGACUCGCUUUUAUUUUAUUAUAUUCACUUGGUGGCUUUAUCAAAUGACUUCCUUGGUUAUAAAGAGAAAAAUAGUCACUAUAAUGUUUCAAUAAGAGUUUUUAUAUGAUAUACAAUGUAACACCAGAGAGAUGGAAAAAAUCUUAUGUUUCUUUCUUAAAUCUUCACUUCUGAGUAUAUUUGUUAUUCUGCUAUAUACACUUUAAGCAUUCACGUAAAAAAAUAGUUUGAGAUAUAUUCUGUUGUAGGGAAACUAUCUUUAAUUUACCUGAAGAUAUACUGUGUCAACUUUAAUAUUUCCCAAAGUUUUAUAUUGCAUGGGAUUUCCAGCUGAGAAAAUAAAAAGAAUAGCAGAGAUUUAACGAUUAGACUGUUAAAUGUGACUGAGGGGUUCGGCGCUGUGCCUCAUCUGCUGUUUUUGCCCCCCACAUAAAUUUUCCCCUCCCUCGCCCAUCUGUCACCCAGUUACUACUUUGCACAUCGGUGUUGUAUUUCAAUGUUUCCAUUGUUUUAUUUGUGAUGAUUAAUAAAUU